UGUUCACGUUCUACGUUUUCGCUGUAACUGUGUCAUUGUUUGAAAUGGAGGCUCAGGAUCAGGAAGAAUCCAGCAGGUCUGUCGGAACAAAAUAUGACAGAGAUAAUUCAGACUUAGCUCAGCAGGAAUCCAAAGGCAAAGACAAACCAAAGGUUUCUGUGCUGCAGUCCGAGUUUGCUCCUAAAGGUGAAGGUUAUGACUCGUCUGACCCGGGACUUCGACCUAGUCUUCUGGAUGAUGUUCUGGCCCAGAAAAAACUGGAGCUGAUGAGGUCACCAGAGGUCAUAAGAUUUCUACAAAGUCAGCAAGCACAGAAAGCUGAGAGAAGUCGAUCACAUCACAAAGAGUGACACUGAUCCUCCUCCACUCCAUCACUGGAACCUUAUCAAUGUAUCGCAAUGUUAUUAAUGUAAAACAUCAUCAGCUCAGGAUACAGAGUCAUUUGUAAUAUUGUAUGUGAUGACUUUGACACAAUUUUUAUGCAUUUUAAAAUAUAUGUAUGUAUAUGUAAUAUUUAAGACAUUUAUUUAUUAUUUAUGGAUGUUCAACUGGUGAAGAAAACAUGACUGUUCUUUUGACACCUGUGAUAGCAGUAAUUUUAUGCCCCCCAUCAUUGAAGAUAUGGGUGUAUACAGCUUUUGCCCUAUCCAUCUGUCUGUCUGCAAAAAUUUUAAUUAUCCAUAACUUUUGAGUGGGUGGGGUUAUGGCAUUCACAUUUCACAGGUCUAUUUCUUGUGACAAGACCUUCAUUUGGGUACCAACACUUUUAAUCUUUUGACCUUUGGAGUUGCAUUUGAGAAACUUCUACCAUCGCCAUAAGCUGUCAUACAGGGGCAUCAGUGUUUCACAAACACAUCUUGAUUUUACAAGCAAUCAAAGGAGUGUACUAUGUUUUCACCUUAAUUCAUUAUUUGCAUCUUAAGGAUAUCCGAUCCUCAGCC